GGGUUAGAGAGGAUUAGACCUCUGGAAAUGAUAGGCGACGUAAGAGAGGGGGCACUACAGUAACAGAUGGACUUAGAGGGAUUACAUGAUUCAGGAUGGGUUUGUGACAUAAAUUCCUAAGAAAGACAGAAAAGGGAGUACGGUGGCAUGGAGGCAGACACUCGGUCACCCCAUCAGUGUUGCAUCUGCACACUAUUGGCCAGGAGGAUUAAAGUAGGGAGUGCAGCUGGAGAGGAGAGGUAAGGAUCACUGAUGCUCAUCCUUGUGCAGGAACACUGAUGACAGACACAGUGGAAAAAGAUGAAGAGUUUAGUGACGCAAAGAAUCUGUUCAAGAUGGACCAACUAAAAUCAAGUUCUUAAGGAGAUUUUUGAUUAAAUGAGCUACCCAAGGAUUGUGGAUUUGGAGGACUGCACUGUUUUUGAACUGUGGUAGAUUGAUCAAAAAUACUACAGAAGACAGGAAAAACCUUUGGGGCUGUGAUGACAGGGAGACCUCAUGUGAUGGAAAGACAGCUGAAAUGGUGCAACUCACACUAAAAUACACCAAAUAUAAAUACAUUAAAGCAGAUCAACAGGGAUUACUUGUGGAAAAUUACUGUACAUGCGUGUCAUAUGCAUAAUUUCAUCAAAAAAGUAAUCUGUGUCUUGUCUGACAGUAGAGCUCAUAAUGAGCAGCAGGGCCAGGCCUGGAUGUCUUCACCAGGUGACAGGAAGACUUUAGUCUGGGUUUUAUUCUUACUUUUAACCCCCAUGUGUGAACUUGACUCAAACAUUGGGCAGUUUAAUGCCUAUUAUUGUCUCUUAGAUGUCACAGUAUGGCCUUUGUGAACACCUUUAAACUAUACAUUUCCUCCAAGGAUGUCCUGUGUGUUCACAUCAGACACACACAUUUUAAUGAUAAAACCAAGUAUCUUAAAGUCACACUGUUCUGAUAAAGUUUAAAGUCAGGGUAUAUACUGAAUGGCGACAUCACUUAGUUCCAGGAUCAAUAUUAGGAUUUUGCACUAAAGCUGUCUGACCAACACAGUUAGGUUCCUUAAUCCCAUUGUUUUCUCCAAAUACAAACCCUGGUCACCCAAAAUUCCCUUUUGUUCAUUUUUGUUCCAUCUGUACCUCCACAUGUAUCAUCUUCAAUGCAACUUUGCUCACUCUGUUGAUCCCUCUCUCUUUUAAUCACACCGACUUGACAGUAACAUUUUGUCUGCUGUUUCAUCGGCUGUUUGUACUGUUACAUCACAUCUAUCUUUUCUUUUCAUUUAAACCUGGCAGCUCAUCAACUCUUAAAACCGCCCCAAAGCAUCUGUCCUACCCCCCCUGGCUCCGUCUGUGACUACAUUUAUACCUGCUGUCCCGUUUGUCUUAUUUCCACGUGCAGUGCCCCCCCCAUCUGUCCUCUCUGCCCUCCUCCUGCCUUCCCCUGUGUGGCCAUGCUGGAGCGGAUGUCCCGUCGCUCUCGCUCCCUGCUCUCCCUGACCUUGACCACCCUGGCUCUGGCCCUGUCCAUCCUGGCUCUCUGCACCUCCUACUGGUGUGAGGGCACUCAUAAGGUGGUCAAGCCCCUCUGCCUGUCACCCGUCAAAAUGAAGAACUGUGGUCAAAACAACAGCGAGCCUUACACCACAGAGAGUCCCACUCAAAACCCCUUCAACCGCACACUGUCUCCAGCCAGGAGGGAGGAGCUGGCGAAGAUCAGACAGAGGCAGCUGGCCAACGCUGUUCACUACAUCUGGGAGACGGGGGAGGACAAGUUUGCAUUCAGAUACUUCCACACUGGUUUUUGGGAAAGCUGUGAGAAACACAGUGACGGGGAGAAGUGUCGCAGCUUUAUAGAUUUAACCCCAGGAGAAACACAAGGUGUGCUUUGGCUGUCAGUCAUUUCAGAGUUUACAUACAUCGGCCUGCUGGGAAUGGGCUUUUUACUGAUGUGGCUGGAAGUCUUGUGCUCCCAUAAAGAAAUGCACUCACUAAAAAUUAAUGCCUAUGCAGCCAUCUGUACUGUACUAUCAGGUCUUCUUGGGAUGGUGGCCCAUAUGAUGUACACCACUGUGUUUCAGAUGACUGUCAUUGUGGGCCCUAAAGACUGGAGGCCUCAGUCCUGGGACUAUGGCUGGUCAUUUGCUCUGGCCUGGGUGUCCUUCAGCUGCUGUAUGGGUGCUGCUGUAGUCACGCUCAACUCCUACACAAAGACCAUCAUCGAGCUCCGUCGUAGACAGAGGCUACGUUUGGAAGAAGCAAGAGCUGCUGCUCGCGCCCCAGCUUAUGAUGAGGUCGUCCCAGGGGGUGGGCUCUACUCUGUCAGUGGUUUAUUACAGUGUCCAGAUGGUAUGAUUGACGUGGCGUGGGCCCCGAAUGGCAAUGUGGUUGGAGUGGGAAACGGGGAUGUACCAACGCUGGUUUUAGUAGGAGGCUGUGGACCGGAGGGCUGUGAAGACUGUGAGAGAGAGAUGGAUGAGAUGGACGACUCCAUGGACCGCGUUGACUCACCAUGUUAGAGAAUUAAUGACACCAAUGAACUGAAAUACUGUUAAACUGAAAAAAGAUACAAUGCGCUGGAGAAGGAUGAACUGAAGAAACAGAUCUUGUUUUUCUCUUCCUUUGCUUAGACUUUUAUUCAACUUGGAAUUUACCAGCCAGACUCAAAGGCCACUGAAAUCAAUACAUAUCAACAUGUAAAGACAACAAUGUAUGUAGUUCACAUGACAUACGUGAUAUGCGUAUUUUCUGGGUAUUUCUCAGUGCCUCAUGGGAGGAAAAUGGACAUUACUUUAUGCAAAUGAAAAGAAAUAUUUGUAUUGUCUGUUAUAUCUUCUGAUGAACUUACAGUCAAUUUAUUAAACAGAUAUUUAUUCUCCUGUUGA